ACCUGCAAUGGUUGCUAUCAUACAACGUUCUCUUCUGCAGCCACAGAGACCACGAGGUUCCUAGUCUCUUCUCAGCAAGGUAAGACAGGUAGCCAUGGCGCCGGUGAAGGUAUUCGGGAUGGCGAGGUCCGGGAACGUAGCACGCGUGCUGGUCUGCCUGGAGGAGGUCGGUGUUGAGUACGAGGUCGUCAACAUGGACUUCGCCGCCGGUGAGCACAAGGGUCCCGAGCACCUCGCGCGCAACCCGUUUGGACAGAUUCCAGCAUUCCAGGAUGGAGAGCUAAUUCUGUUUGAAUCCCGGGCAAUUUCGAGACAUGUUCUUCGUAAAUACAAGACCGGUGAUGUCGAUCUGCUAAGGGAAGACAACCUCGAGGAUUCUGCGGCUGUCGACAUUUGGCUAGAGGUAGAAGUACACCAGUACAAACCUGCCGUUUAUCCGAUCGUAUACCAGCACCUAAUUGUGCCAAUGCGAGGAGGAACUCCUGACCAGAAGCUCAUCGCUGAGUGCAUCGAGAAGACGAAGAAAGUGCUGGAAGUGUAUGAGUCUCGGUUGUCCAAGUUCAAGUACCUGGCUGGAGACUUCUUCAGCCUAGCCGACCUCAGCCAUUUCCCUAUCACGUACUACUUCAUGAGGACGCCGUAUGCGUCGGUGUUGGAUUCCUAUCCGAGUGUCAAGGCGUGGUGGGAGGACUUGAUGUCAAGGCCGGCGGUGCAGAGGGUCGUCUUCCAGCUGCCCAAGGGAACCGAUGAACUAUGAACUAUCCCACAUGCAUCAAGAUGGCGACCCAUUCUCAAUUUACUACGUGUAGUUAGUUUCUUGUAAGGAUUAUUAGCGGGCACUGUAUUUCAGUAUGUGUGAUGUGUACUUUUAAUUUGCUUUCAAUAAUAAAAGAUAAAUGGAGUAUCCAAGAGGACCUUAUUUCCCUCUGACCACCUUCCUCAAAA